AUGCACCGAUUCCGAUUCCAGACAAUGGAGAACGACAUAUUUCGGGAAUGUCGUAAAUCGUUGAAUUUGCAGGAGGCGCUGGCGCUUCUUGAGAAACGGAACAAGGAGCGCGUUAAGCAAUGGAGAGGCAAUCAUCCGCCUCCGCCUCGGAAAGAACACGAUAUGCUUGUCCAAAAGCAAAUGCAAUCGAAGAAGACCUCAUCGACUAGGAAACGGUCUCGAGAAGACUGCGAGGCGGAGCUGCCACUCCUCGAGGAACAGAACAAGAAGCGCCAGGCGAUGGAAAAGAUGAAGAUCGGGAGUCUCUUGAAUAAAACUGAACGACGAAAUUCGCCCGGUCACAAGCAAGGAGAGCAGAUCAAGACAAAGGAGAAGCCUCAGAGUGCAUUAGGUGGGGUGGAAUACUAUUUGUUGCGGCUACCGGGCCUCGAGGAAGAGAAUAAGAAGCGCAUUUUGAUGUGGAGGCAAGAACAAGAAAAUGCUAAACAACUGAAGAAACAAGGUACUUGGCCCGAACAAGAGCAAGUCCAGCCAAGGAAGGCCUUGCCGGCCAGCAGACAUGCAUUGCCCGAUUAUCAAAGGCAGCUGUCCCUUCUCAAGGAACAGAAUAUGAAACAAAUGUUAAUGGGAAAGAACGGAAAAGAUUAA